AUGAAGAAUAAGUUCGGUGCGUCUGAGGCUCGAUUUAUUGCCUCCGGAAGGGAAGACUUAGACGUGCGCAUGUUGGGAGAUGGUCGGCCGUUUGCUGUUGAAUUACGGAACUGCCGCUUUACCAAUUCACUCAAGGGAACAGAUCAUGAAAAUACGUUACGUGAUCUCGAGAAGGAGAUUAAUAAGCAAAAGGAUAUAUGCGUGAAAUAUCUAACCAGAGUCACGCGUGAGGAAGCUGAAAGCCUUAGCGUUGGAGAGGAAGCACACGUUAUACGUGUAGUAUUGCGAAUAAAAUUCGCAGAGAAAGAAACACUAUGUUGGCAUAUUGCUACAGUACUGCUGCCUAUAUCUGAUGAGAUGCUCAAUAACGCUAUGAAACAAGUCCCAAUUCAAGUGAUCCAGAAAACUCCUGUUAGAGUCUUGAAGCGGAGAGCUUUGCUGGAUCGACCGCGUACGUUGUUGUUCAGGAUAGAAACCCAGGCUGGAACAUAUGUGAAGGAAUUUGUGCAUGGAGAUUUUGGCCGGACCCGGCCCUCGAUGGCAGAACUUCUUGGUGUUUCUGAAGGGGAAGUAGACAUUCUCGACCUCGACGUUGAAAAAGUGGAAUUCGAAUGGCCACCAGUAAAGUCGACUGCAGCAUCUUUUAGG